GGCCCAGCAACCUGGGACAAAGCCAUCUAUAGAAAAUAUAAAUUGAACGAGUAACCUAACAAAAAGUGUCUGUCAGCUGUUUUCCGUCGAAAAAAGUGCUGUUUUCCAACACUUUGUUUGCAGUCAGACAAGUUUUCAUUUCAUAAUUCGCAAAAGGAGCUAAAUUCAAUAUUCAUACGAAAUGGAGCUAUCCGAGGGAGUUAAGGAUCGUUUGGGAUUAGUGGUUGGGGCCGUCCAGACUGGUUUCCACUGGGGAUUCGUGCCCCUUGUGCUGUAUUUGGGAUUUUUGAAGGGAGCUGAGCCUGGUAUGCCGCCUCUGAACCUUUUCAGUCUGUUAUGGCAGUAAAAAUUGUGGACAUGAUCGUUUUGCCGUCGGAUGCCCCGCAUUUUGGUUCUGGUUGGGCUUCUGGGCACGGGUGCAGUACCUGCAGCUAUUGGAAAUAAAUAUCUGUUACAAAACAAA